AUGAUUGCUCUGCCAGUCUGGGCCUUGAAGGUCAGCUGUUACUAUGGCUUUAUAACAUGCGACACUGCCCCCGGUAUUUGGCCUAAGAACACGCCGACUGUCAUCGCCUAUCACCCCCCGGUCUCAACUCCUUCUAAUCCCGGCACUUCAGUUGGAGUGGGCUCCACUACGAUCGUUACUUCUACACUCUCGUUAACUACGUCUGGCGGUUCUUCUGGCACAGCUUCACCGAGCACUUCUGCAGCAUCCACCUUCGUUACUUUAACCUCGUCCGGGGUUUCCAGCAGCCCGACGUCUUCGUCGCCUGCUUCAAGUGCUACCUCAUCGUCGCUCGUUUUAUCUUCGACUGUUUCAUCUGCGCCUGUCUCAACAAGUGCUUCUGUGACUACCCCGAGCAUGUCGUCCUCCGCCAUCUCGGUCUCGGCUUCUGCCUCUCCCACCCCGCUCAGCCAGGCUGCGGUUGCAGCCGACAUUCUGGUCAUUGCCAGAGAUGCUGCCUCUGCAAAUGUAGCUAGUUCUGGCCUCAAUGGAUACGGUAUUCCAUUUACCACCCUGAUUGUUCCUUCCGCUGGUGUCGCUCUUCCCGACCUCAAUAGCACCGCCGGAGGAAAGUUCGGCGGUAUCGUGGUUGCCGCUGAAGUCAGCUAUGACUACGGUGGUGACAAGGGCUUCCAGAGUGCGCUGACCACUGAUCAGUGGAACCAGCUAUAUGCCUACCAGCUUGAAUAUGGUGUCCGUAUGGUCCAAUAUGAUGUUUUUCCAGGUCCUAAAUAUGGCGCAUCUGCUAUCGCUGACGGAUGCUGUGGCGACGGUGUUGAGCAACUCGUCUCAUUCACCGACAUCAGUGAUUUCCCCACGUCGGGAUUGAAGACUGGCGCAGGUGUGAGUACCACUGGUCUGUGGCAUUACCCUGCGACUAUCAGCAACACCACCUCUACCAAGAAGAUCGCCGCGUUUGCCCCCGCCGCAGGCUUCUCCACUGAGAGUGUCGCUGCUGUAAUCAACGACUUCGAUGGCCGUCAGCAGAUGGCAUUCUUUAUUGGCUUUGACACUACCUGGAGCUCUACAUCCAACUAUCUGCAGCAUGCAUGGAUCACCUGGAUCACCCGAGGUCUCCACGCUGGAUACCGCCGUGUCAACCUGAAUACUCAGAUUGAUGACAUGUUCCUCGAGACCGAGAUUUACUCACCCGCUGGUAAAAACUUCCGCAUUCGCGCCCAGGACUUGAGCAAUAUUGCCACUUGGACUGAUGCUAUCAAUGCCAAGAUGCCCGCCGGAAGUUCUUACUUUGUUGAAGUCGGCCACAACGGUAACGGAAACAUUGAAAACUCUUCCGAUAGCUCAAAUGCUGGCUGGGAUGCAUGUGGAUCUGCUAUCGAAUAUGAGUCACCUCUUGACACUCCUCCCGAGUGGAUCAAGCCUCUCGGAACUGGCACUAAUCUGUGGCCUGCCGUGCCCACCACUUACGACUGGACUGCUACUUGCACUGCCAUGGAUGAGCUCCUAGCCUGGUGGACCACCGAAAGCAACCUCAAUAAGUUCGGUCACAUCUCCCACACCUUCACCCACGAGGAGCAGGAUAAUGCCACCUACAGCGAUGUCUUCAAAGAGAUCAGCUUCAACCAGGCUUGGCUUAAGGCCGUUGGUAUCGACAAAGCCACCAAGUUUACCUCCAAUGGUAUCAUUCCUCCUGCAAUUACUGGUCUGCACAAUGGGGAUGCCCUUCGAGCCUGGUGGGAGAAUGGAAUUACCAACUGUGUUGGUGAUAACACUCGCCCCGCACUUCUGAACAAGGAGAAUCCCAUGUGGCCUCUCUUCACCACUGCUGCCGCCAACGGUUUUGAUGGGAUGCAGAUUAACCCUCGAUGGGCCUCUCGCAUCUACUAUAACUGCGAUACUCCUGCCUGUACUGUUGCAGAGUGGACUACCACCUCUCAAACUACCGGCAACUUCCAGGACCUCCUAGCCAUUGAGAAGGCUGAGACCAUGCGCCACCUCUUUGGCCUGUACCAUGAUGGCUACAUGUUCCACCAGGCCAACCUCCGCAACAUUGAUGUUGAUCCGAUCACCAUCAAUGGUGUCUCUGCCAAGUACUCUAUUAUGCAAGCUUGGGUGGAAACCCAGGUUCAGGAAUUCGUUCGCCUGGCUGAAUGGCCUAUCGUUACACUCACUCACCAAGAGAUGUCCGCUUCUUUCCUUGCUCGUUAUAAUCGUGACAAGUGCGGCUACUCUCUGAGCUACAGCACCAGCAACCGGAAAAUCACUGCCGUCACUAUCUCUGCCACUGGCAAUACCUGCACUGACCCUAUCCCGGUGACUUUCCCUGUUGCUCCUACCAGCACCCAGGGCUUUGCCACCGAGCAGCUCGGUGCUGACCCCCUUACCGUCUGGGUCAAACUCGCUGGCUCCCCUGUCACAUUCACUCUUUCCACCCCAAUUUCCCUUUGA